CAACAUCUCUUUUGGGACUCGAAGUGACGUUUGCGUUUGUUUUUGUGGCAUUUUUCUGUGAAAAGUUGAUGCAUUUUCCCCGAAAAUAGGUGAAAAUAGCACAAAAUGGAAACAAAAUUAGAGAUGUUUGAUGAUGUGCCAGGAGUGGAAGAUGUUGAGGGUGAGAUGACAAUUCCAGCCAACAAGAGAACGUCUGGGAGUACUUCAAAGGCUGGACCUCCUGACUUUGACACACUAGAUGAGCCAAUUAAAGACACAAUACUACGAGAUAUCCGAGCAGUCGGCGUCAAAUUCUUUCAUGUGCUCUAUCCAAAAGAGAAGUCCACUCUUCUCAGAGACUGGGAUCUGUGGGGACCUCUAGUUCUCUGUACAUUUAUGGCCACAAUCUUGCACGGAUCAGCAGACAGUCAGUACGAAGGUGGACCAGAGUUCGCUCAGGUUUUUGUGAUUGUAUGGAUUGGUGCAAUGAUCGUCACAUUGAAUUCCAAAUUACUGGGCGGAAAUAUCUCCUUCUUCCAGUCAGUCUGUGUUUUGGGCUACUGCCUUACACCUGUCGCCGUGUCACUUAUCGUUUGCCAAGUGAUUCUCCUCGCGUCCGUCCAAACAAAAUUGCUAUUCUUUAUCAGACUAGUGACGACAAUUGGUGGCUUCGUGUGGGCCACUUAUGCAUCAUUCAUAUUUCUCGGUGACAGUCAACCGGCCAAUCGAAAACCACUGGCGGUAUAUCCAAUAUUCCUCUUCUACUUCAUAAUAUCCUGGCUUGUGAUAUCCGAUUCCAAUAUGUAAGUGAUUAGUGUAUUCAUCAAAUAAAACUCUCCAAGUGAAAUGAUA